AUGGUAACGGCUGGCAGUGCGGCGGCGGCGGUGCUGCUAAUGGCGGGGCCUAGGCGCUCUGGCGAGUACGUGACCCUCCCCUCCCCGAGUGUCACCCCCGGGAUCCUCUCGGGCGUGCGGUCCUUGCCUCCCGCCCCCGACACUCCUCAUCUCCGGGCCCCCGGCCCUUCCUGCCCCAGCGCCGUACCCCUAGCACCCACCUGGCCUGUGCCCGGGCCCUCGCCCCGAGGGGCGCCCGGUCACCUCCAGGCCAUCCAUAGCCUGAUCCUGUGUCCCCUUGGGGUGUGCCAGGCCGGGUCCCGUGCGGCUGAGCAGGCGUCACGGGGAUGCUCUGCGGCAAGGCCAAAAAGGAUGCUACUGUGCGUGACUGACCUGCUCAUGCCUCAUGUGCUAUGACUCCAUAUGGCCUCUGCAGGAGCAGAACAUGCUAACCUGUGCCCCAAACAGGAGACUACCAUCAAGCUCGAGUCAGGCACCCUUCCAGCAGGGAGAGCUCGGCCACACCAGGCUUGGCACCUUGCUCAGCAGCAGGCAAAACCUAUCUGGAAUUUACAGAGCAAGUAUGUGAGUGCUUUCCAGGAUCGUAGCCUGCUGCCCUCAGGGAUCCCUCUGCAGCAAUCCUGCUUCGUGUGCCCACCGUCACUAUGCCACACACACCCUGGUAAAGACAUCCUCCUGAGCCUCCCUCCAGACACUGGCUCUGCCACAGGAAGGCUGAUGUCUUCCUUGCUUAUGGAGCCCUGCCUGCUGCAUCCACUGAUGGAGGAACACUCUGGUCCUGGGGUCAAAGGCUCUGCCCUCAGCUCAGAUCAGCAGGCUUCCAACCCCUACAGACCAAUGCUCAAUACCAAUCCCUUCCUACGGCCAAGCAGUGCUAAAGUGCCUUUGCUGCAGUCACUGGAGAUGAAGAAGGUGAAAAACACCCACAGCUUCCCUGCUGCCUUAUGGCCCCAUUGCAGGGAAGGUGGAGACAGCUCCCCUGGCAGCCUAUUCGACAGAGCAGUGAAAAGCAGCAGCUUUGUGUUGGAGCAAACCGCAGUCCCCUCUCCUACCCUCGAGCCCAGCAGCAUGAUCCUUAGGAAGGAUCAGUGCUCUCAGGAGGUUUCUGAGAAGAGAAUCCACAGGGUGAAAGAAAAGGAGGCAGAGCUCAGUUUCACAGAGGCUGCACAGCAGCCACCUGGACAGACUGCCACACACAGCAGCUUUGGACACAAAGCUGAAAGCUCUGGGUUUAGGAACAUGGGCAGCCUGUGCAAAUCAAACAGCAGGUGGGGGCAGCAUAUCAUAGCACAGCUCACCCCAAAAGAAACCGUUGCUCCUCUGGACUCAGAGCUGGGUAGCUAUUGCCUUAAAGGUAACCUGAGCCUUCCAGGCACUUCUGGUGCUGCUGUGUGCACUGAGCGUGUCGGUGCCCAUCUCUCGGCCUUGCACACUGCCUCUCCUGACCCCAGCACUGACUGCUGGUUGCUGAGCCUGCACAGUGGGGACCAGGUGGCAAGAUCAGAGCCUCCACACCUUGCUGCCAUCUCUGAAGUGACAACCCAGAUGUCUACCAUCCAACUGGAGAAAGAGAAGAAACAGGCCCAGGCUGUGCUCCCGAGAAAUGUCACUGUUGAGCAAUCACUGCUGGAGCCAAGCCAUCCCCAGGAUGAAGCAGAGGAAGAGCUUCCUGAUGGCCUGGAUGAGAGCUGCAGUCAGGAGGAGGAUGAGGACAGUGACUCAGAUGCUUCCUCUGUCACUGGCGCAUCAUCCCAUGGCUCUGUGGCUCUUGUAUCCAGGAACUACAUUAAGUGCCUGGCCCAGCCCACUGAAGACCAGGAGAAAGUGCUCAAACCAGCUCUUGUCUGCAGUUUAUUCCCUAAUGUGCCUCCAACCAUCUACUUCAGUACUUGGGAUGAGAGAGUGGAAAAGUUGCCUUGGGAGCAGAGGAAGCUGCUGCGAUGGAAAAUGUGCACAGUCACGCCAAACAUAGUGAAGCAAACCGUCAGCAGGUCCCACUUCAGAGUCAGCAAAAAAAGCAAUGACUGGCUGGGUUGCUGGGGCCACCACAUGAAAUCUCCGAGCUUCAGAGCCAUCAGGGAGCACCAGAAGCUAAACCACUUCCCUGGGUCGUUUCAAAUCGGGAGGAAGGACCGUCUGUGGCGCAACCUGUUGAAGAUGCAAGCUCGCUGUGGGAAGAAGGAGUUUAACUUCUUUCCUCAGUCCUUCAUCCUGCCCCAGGACAUCAAAUUACUCAGGAAAGCGUGGGAGGAAGGAGCUAGCCGCCAAAAAUGGAUUGUAAAACCACCAGCAUCAGCAAGAGGCACUGGUAUCCAGGUUAUCCACAAAUGGAGCCAGCUCCCCAAAAGAAGACCACUGCUGGUACAGAGAUACCUGCACAAACCCUACCUCAUUGGUGGGAAGAAGUUCGACCUGAGGCUCUACGUUUAUGUCACUUGCUACGAUCCCCUUAGGGUCUACCUGUUCAAGGAUGGAUUGGUUCGCUUUGCUAGCUGCAAAUACUCCUCCUCGAUGAAAAGCCUCAGCAACAAGUUUGUGCACUUGACCAACUACAGUGUGAACAAGAAGAACACAGAGUACAAGUCCAACCUAGAUGAGACUGCUUGUCAGGGACAUAAAUGGGCACUCAAAGCUCUCUGGAGUUACCUGACCCAGAAGGGAGUUAAUAGCGAGGUCAUCUGGGAGAAGAUUAAAGACAUUGUUAUCAAAACCAUCAUUGCAUCUGAGCCCUACGUGAACAGCCUGGUGAAGAUGUAUGUGCGGCGGCCGUAUUGUUGCCAUGAGCUGUUUGGGUUUGAUAUUAUGCUGGAUGAAAACCUCAAGCCCUGGAUCUUAGAGGUCAACAUUUCCCCAAGCCUCCACUCCAACUCUCCGCUGGAUGUGAGCAUCAAGGGCCAAAUGAUUCGAGACCUCCUGAACCUUGCCGGCUUUGUUCUGCCCAGCACAGACAGUAUGGCCUCAAGGCCACAAGUCACAAAAAGUGACUCUACCUGCAGUCUGGGUGGUGCUUUGAAGGAGAAGCCGAAGGCAGCGUCUGAGCAUUUCAUAGCAGAGAAGAUGAAGAAGGCCUAUUACUUGAUGCAGAAGAUACCUGACCAGGAUUUUUAUUCUUCUGUCUUGGACAUCCUGACUCCAGAUGACGUUCGCAUCCUGGUGGAGACGGAGGAUGAGUAUUCCCGGCGUGGGCAGUUUGAGCGAGUGUUCCCCACCCACAUCUCCAUGCGCUACCUGCGCUUCUUUGAACAGCCUCGUUACUUCAACAUCCUGGUGACCCAGUGGGAACUCAAGUACUACUUGAAUAAACACAAAGGUCUGGAGCUACUGAAGAAUUGGUGUAUCAAAGGAUACCACACUGGAGCAGGGACUGGUUUGGCCGAGAUGUGGUCGUUGCCAAAAUCUAUUUUGCUCCAGAAGAGCAGCAUUCAAUCAAGUGGCUUCAGUAAACAGGAACUGGGCAAACUGGGCACACUCUUUCCUUCAGCUGGUGAGGACCUCACAAGAUGCCUGGAUCCCAGCCCUACUCAGAGCUUACCUCUCAACAACUACACUGGUGAAGACAACCAGAAACCUACUGUCUGCCUCUUGGACACCGCCCUGGUGAUGUGAUCAGACAGCCACGUCCCUCCCAGGGACACCUCAACCUACCUCAAAGGAAGAGACAGGAGCUGACUCCGGAGAGCAAGG